AUGGCUUCGAAAGACCAGGUCGAGAGUUUAACCGAGGAGGUAAUUUGUCCCAUCUGCCUGGAUUUCUUCACCGAUCCGGUGUCACUGGAGUGUGGACACAACUUCUGCCGCUCCUGUAUCACACGGUGUUGGGAAAGGGAGAGAAACUCCUGUCCGGAAUGUAGGGAGGUGCUUUCGGACCGCACCCUCAGGGCAAGUCGGGCCUUAGCAAAUCUGUCUGAGAAAGCUCGAAAACUAAACAUUAAUCAGACAGAGACGGAAAGUAAACUUCACUGUGAGGAACAUCAGGAAGAACUGAAGCUGUUUUGCGAAACGGACAAGAAACUGAUCUGUGUGAUUUGCAGAGAUGCGCGGGAACACAGAGAGCACCGCUUCCUGCCGAUUAAAGAAGCUGUUGAAACCUGCAAGGACCGGGUGAAAUCUUCCUUAGAAUCUCUCACAAAAAAGAAAUCAGAGAUCCGGGAAAAGGAGCAGCAACAGAUAGAAAAGAUUUCAGGAGUUCGGGAACAGUCUCGCAGCCUUCAGUCCCACAUCACAUCCCAAUUUUCUGAACUGCACCAGCUUCUCACUGAGAAAGAGCAGUGCUUACUCAUAGAUAUCAGGGAAGAAGAAGAGAGGAUUCUAAAUCCAAUGCAAAAAAAUCUUCGAGAGAUUCAAGAGAAUUUAUAUUCUAUUCAGGAGGAACUCUCAAAGUUACAGGACCGGAUAAAUCAAAAGGACAGUGUGGUGUUUCUGAAAGAAGAAGUGCAACAGGAGAUAAGAGUUGUUGAUGAGACGCAGCUGUUGCCCGUGAUAAAUGGUGCCCUGCCGAUUGAAAAAUUUGAUCAUCUUUUCUUGUUGAACACAGUAUUGAGAGAACAGUUUGAUGCCAUCAAGCAAGUCUGUGUGACCCUGGAUGUGGAAACGGCGAGUUCGUGGCUCGAGGUGUCUGAGGAUCUGAAGAGUGUGAGAGAUACUAAGACCUGGAGGAAUCUCCCUGACACCGGGAAGAGGUUUACAGAACUGCCGUGUGUGCUGGGAUCGGAGGGAUUCACAUCGGGAAGACAUUACUGGGAGGUGGAGGUGGCGGCGAAUCGCGGCUGGAAGCUGGGAGUCGCCUCAGAGUUUGUGGAAAGGGAGGGAAUUGUCGAGCUAAUACCGGAAACUGGAUUUUGGACCAUCGGGCGGUGGGGUGAUGCACUCAAUGUGAACACCUCCCCUGAAUCCUCACUCCCAGCCAGUCCCAUCCCCGGGAGGGUGGGAGUUCAUCUCAGUUACGAGUCUGGGACAGUUUCAUUUUACAGCGCGGACACCAAGUCCCAUCUCCACACCUUCGCUGGGAAUAAAUUUACGGGGAAAAUUUAUCCUUUCUUCGGGACUUGGGAUGUAAAUAAGUGUCUGAGAAUCCGCUCCGGAACCGCUUCGGAUUUGUGAUGGGUUGGGUCCCGGGACCGGCGUUAGCAGCGGGGCUCGGGGGGUGUGGCGCAGAAAUCCGAUUGCCAAGAGGUUGGCGCUGAACGGGUCUCAUUUAAUCCCGAAAUUCCUCAUUGUAAAACCCCAAUGAGUAUGGAAAUAAAUAUUUUCUUGCA